CCUGCAGCUGGUGCUGCUGCCGUGAGACGUUGCUACCCCGUCGCUGUGUUUGGACCUGUGGCUCGGAAAUGCAUCUUGUGUCCCUUCUUUUAAUCCCACAUUAAGAGAAACGAGAUAUGUCCGCUCAGGGAUUGUUGAGCAGUGUUUUCUCAUGCUCGCUGAGCCCGAAAAUCAUUUCCAAAAGGAGACUGAGACAGACGAGGAGUCUGGACCCGGCGCUGAUGCGACAUUAUGGGACAGAAGUUGAGGAGACGCCGUAUAAGGGUGACUUCACCUGGAACAGCGUGUCAGGACACAGUGUUGGCCUGAAGCCCGUCCCCCUGCAAAGCCUUUCAGAGUUGGAGAGGGUCCGCCUUCAGGAAGUGGCCUUCAGGCGAUUGCUUCGCGAUCACUACCUGGGUUGCCACAUCAACAUUCCUAAAUAUGGCCACAAGCACAAGAAGUCCCUCAGGAGGAAGUUGGAUUCAUUAUCCAAAGAAAAAAGUAAAGACAAAGAGCCUUUGCCCCGGGCGUUUGGCAUACCGCUGUCUCAGGUCAUAUCCAACGACCGCACACACAAGCAGAGGCACGACCCCCCACGGGAGGAGCACAGCGACCCUACCGAAUUGAUGCUAUCCUUCCUCCAACUCACCUCCAGCUUAAGAAGAGCCAACAAGGAGCUCUCCAGCAGCAACUCCUCCCUCAGCUCCACUUCUGAGACUCCUAAUGAAUCGCCUCUGCCCAGGACGCCCGACACAGCCCCACGGACACGCAGGAGGGGAGGAGUAUCAGUGGAUUGCAUCACAGACCUUGAUGAUAACCAGUCUCGCCUGUUGGAGGCCCUCCAGCUCUCUCUACCAGCAGAGGCGACCGACACCAGGAAGAAGCGCCAUGAGAAAAAGCUCAGCCUAAACCCUAUUUACAGACAGGUGCCCAGGGUGGUGGAUCUCUGCUGCCAACAUCUGGAAACAUAUGGUCUACAAACAGUUGGAGUUUUCCGUGUCGGGAGCUCAAAGAAAAGAGUACGACAGCUUCGUGAGGAGUUUGACCAGGGAUGGGAGGUACAGCUGGGCGUGGAGCACAGUAUCCAUGAUGUAGCCGCAUUGCUGAAAGAAUUCCUCCGAGACAUGCCUGACCCCCUGCUAACAAGAGACCUCUACACGGCCUUCAUCAACACAUUGUUUCUGGAUGAUUCAGACCAAGAGAGCGCCAUCCAGCUGCUGAUAUUUCUGCUUCCUCCCUGUAACAGCGACACGCUGCAGCGCCUCCUCUGCUUGUUGUCUACUGUGGCUGCAAAUGCUGAAGACAGCCUGAACCAUAAGGGACACGAGAUCACAGGAAACAAGAUGACAUCACUCAAUUUAGCAACCAUCUUUGGACCCAACCUUUUACACAAACAGAAAAAUACAGACAAAGAGUUUGCAGUGCAGAGUUUUGCCCGUGCAGAGGAGAGCUCUUUUAUCAUCAGUGUGGUCCAAAGGAUGAUCAGUACAUAUGAUACACUGUUUAUGGUGCCUACUGACCUGCAGAAUGAGGUGCUGAUGAGUUUGCUGGAAACUGAUCCUGAUGUUGUGGAUUAUUUACUGAGGAGGAGGGCCUCCCAGAAUUUAGGACAAGACCUUCUCAGAGCAGAAGAGUCCUUCUCUCUGACUGACAGAUGCUCAUCCAACGACUCCGUUAAAGCAUCCAGUGGAGAGGUGUCUCCUUAUGACAACAACUCUCCUGUGCUGUCAGAUCGACUGCCUGCUAAACAUCUGGAGGACAGCAGUCCACACUCACAGAGAAUCAACAGACUUUCUGGGCACUUAAAACCCAGCAGCCGUUCUCAAAACGGCUCUGGCAGCAUCUCUCCUACACUUUCAACAGACAAAGAGGCUUCAUCUGAGGAUUUCUGGGACACCUGGCAUGAGCUGUUCAGCAAAGAUUUGAGUGUCCGUCACAUCACUGGCUCCCUUGGAGACGUGUCGGAAUGUGAGUCGUACGGUUCAUCAGAGGGGCCGAGCUGUCACCACGGUAACAACAAGCCUGACAGACCAACACAAACCUCAUUGGGCGUGCUGGAAAGCAGGCCACACCUCCCAGUGACUCGCAGCAGCAGUGGUCCUCAUGACAAGAGAGGACAGGGACAACAGCAAUCAUUCUUACAUCAGGGUUUGAGUGGCCAAUCAGCAGCCAUCGGCUUGGACAGUUUAGCAGACAGGACAGGACGCCCUGUGUGCCCGUUGGUAAAGGAUGGUUUGACUUCUUUUCACUGCAUGGGACAGCUGAGGGAGACUCAUAUCUCUCACUCCACGCCCUGCCUCUUCACAUGUAAGAAAGAUCCUCCAACCCAACAGGAGAACAAGCAAAGCCCGGCCCUAAACACGGACACAGAAAAGGGUCCUGGUGCACCAAAUGGGCCAACAGAGAGGUGGCAUAUAUGGCAGAUACUAUCAAAAGAAAAGGCAGAAGCUCUGCCUGAGACGUUGGUGUGAAGCACACUUUAACUGUCUAACUACAAUAACUUCUCUGUUGUCUCUGUUCAAAGUCUUUCUCUCUGAUUGAACAACUUAAUGCCAACUGUUGUGUUACGUCUUUACUUUGUAUAAAAUAUAUUAUAUAUGUAACGAUGGUUUGAUGAAAUUGAAGACAUUUUUUAAUGUGUUGAAGUCAUGAAUGAUACAAAAAGAAUACUUUAAUAUAGCAUUGAAUGAUAUGUAUACUUUGGAUCAAUGACUGUUUUUAAUGCUGAAUAUAAAAGUAUAGACUCCGUGUAGUGACUAUAUUGUGAAAGCAGCUAAAAUAUUACAGUUAAUAAAUACUCCAAUUUCUGUAUUAUUUUACUAAAGCAGCCAUCUUUGUCAAUACUGCCACACUUGUGUUUUCUAGAAGAUAAAACUCAAGGAUAUGCUUUGAUUACUAUAUAUAGUCAUUCAUUAUUUUAAUGAACUGUUUGAACAGUCGCAUUAAAAAUCUAUUUUCCUGCCAAUACAAA